CCUCUCCGUGCCGUCCACGCUUCUCGGCUUGGCCCUUCGCUGCGCUCGGCUCCCGCAGGCGCUCGGCCCCGCACCCCUCGGCCCCCGCCCCGCCGGCCGGACAGACCAGUGCUCAUGGCUGGGCCCAGCACCCACAUUGUCCCUAUGCUGUUCCUCGCCUUUCUGGUGCUCCUGGAGCUGAGCCUGGCAGGCUCCCUGGGACCUGGAACCUCUGCUCGGAACCUUCCUGAGAAUCAUGUCGACCUCCAGGAGCCAGCACUGUGGAUGCCUCCAGCCAGCCACCACCGCCGGCGGGGCCUGGGCAAGAAGGAGCGGGGCCCAGGCAUGCCUGGCCAGGCCCAGGACGGAACUAUGGUCUCCACCACCAGGCAGGCCUCCAGGCUGCCAGGGGCAGAGGAGCGGCUGCCUGGGCAGAGUCCUGCGGGCCUGGUGCAGGACAAGGAGCUGUUCCUAGGCUUGGUGCUGCCCUACCCUGAGAAGGAGGACCAGUCUCCCGGGUCAGAGAGGGUCAAGAAACGCAGCAGGGAGCACAAGAGACGCAGGGAGAGGUUGAAACUGCACAGAGGCCGAGCCGUGGUCCGAGGUCCUAGCUCCCUGAUGAAGAAGGCAGAGCCCCCCAAAGACCAGGCGCUGGAUGCCACGAUGGAGGAGUCCUCCACCGGCCUGGCCCCCACCAACCUCUACCUAACCACCUUUGAGGCAGCACCCGCCACAGAAGAGUCCCUGAUCCUGCCUGUCACAUCUCUGUGGCCCCAGGCUCAGCCCAGGCCUGAUGGGGAGGUGAUGCCCACGCUGGACAUGGCCUUGUUCGACUGGACCGAUUAUGAAGACUUAAAACCUGAAGUCUGGCCCUCGGCUAAGAAGAAAGAGAAACACCGAGGUAAAUUCUCCAGCGACGGUAAUGAGACAUCACCCGCUGAAGGGGAACCAUGCGACCAUCACCAAGAUUGCCUGCCAGGCACCUGCUGUGAGCUGCGAGAGCAUCUCUGCACGCCCCACAACCGUGGCCUUAACAACAAAUGCUUUGAUGACUGCAUGUGCAUGGAAGGGUUGCGCUGCUACGCCAAAUUCCACAGGAACCGCAGGGUCACGCGGAGGAAGGGGCGCUGCGUGGAGCCCGAGACGGCCAACGGCGACCAGGGAUCCUUCAUCAACGUCUAGCGGCUCUGCGGGGAGGCGCCUCCCCACCGGCCGCGCGGAGGUUCGGAGAAGCCGGGCGAUUUGUUUAGAACUAGCAGUGGGAGAUCAGGUGGGGCACCGGAUGACCGAGGCUGCAGGCUCGAGCUCGGGACCCUCACCCCGGGAGGGGAGCCCCGGGCGCCGAACUGCCGCACACCUGCGCCCACCUCCCCGCCCCGGAGGACCCGCACCGCCUGCGCCUCCCGGUGGCCCGGUGCUCCGCGGAUGGCAAUGUCCAGAGCGCCCUCUACUGCCCAACCUCCGCACUGCAACCGCUUCAAGUCCAAGAACGAAGAGACUUCUGAGCGCCUUGGAAGGCAAACUGCCGCAGAGAGACAGAGAAUCCCAGGAAAUGCGUGGGGAGCACCUGUAUGUACCAGGCGCUGUGCUAAAUGCGUGCCAUGCGUUAUCUCAUUUAGUUACCACAGUGACCUUUCAAAGGAUGCAUUACUACCCUUUUACCAGUGAGGAAACCGAGGCAGAGUUGGUUAGGACUUGUCCAGGGUCCCAGAUGGAUGCUCCUCAAACCUAAACCCGUGUGAGAAUCCUUGGGAUCUGGCUAGAAUGCAGAGUCUGGUGGGGUCGCUUCUGUAUUUCUAACAAGCUCUUGGGGGCAUGCUGCCGCUAGGGAAGCCCCCUGAGAGCACCCAGGUCCUAGGGAGUAAAUGCUGCACCUGUAGGGUUCCGGGGCCCAAAUCCUUGCCUCUCCACAACCAUAGACUUAUUCCAGGUUCUCCAUGGCCUUCAGUGAGAGAGAAACGUUCCCUGGGAGUUCCCUUCGCGGUGGUGAGAUCUGCAGUUACGGGCUGUUUCCUUCCCUUCCUGGACAAAGUUGUAUCAUCUUUACAAACAAAGCGUGCAUUAAGCCCCUGCUUGCUGGGAAGGCAUGAUUUGGGAAGACUGGCCGCUGCCCUCUGGGAGCUGGUAAAAUGAGACGCGAUGUGUUUGGAAGAAGCGACAGUGCUGUUCCUUCUACUUCGGUGGCUCUGCUCACUCAGUCCCAGGACACGCACUUUGACAUUACCCCAAUCGCUUCCUUAGUUUCUGUAGUUCAUGCCCUUCGAGAAUCGAAUGCUGAUGUGGGCUCAAAAAAUACACGCAUUGUGCAUAUGCGCCCACUUUGCAUACUGCCUUAGUGGCUUCCAGGCCUCCCACAGACCGUCUCUAGACCACCCCCCACCCCAUCCCACACUUCUGCAGCAGAGCCUCCUGACGCACUGGCGCACCUCUGAGGUUCAGGUGUUGUCUGAAACUAACUGGCCCCCACAAGCUAGACCCACCCACGAUGCCCAUCCAGAACAUCUGCCCCAGCAGAUCGGGCUCUAAGGGCCACUUCAGGAGCCACUUAAACCCAGCCACCCACCCCUCCUGGCACCUCACUCCUGGUCAGCCCUCUGGUCCAGGGCAAACCAGGUUGCAAACAACAAAAGCCUUCCCCAUCCAAAUUCCUCGCUGGCCUGGACGCCUGCCGGGGGGACCACACCCGCGAUGCCAGGGCUGUUUACUCCAUUGGGAAACUCAGUCAGGGUCAGGGGUCUGGCACCAAGCAAAGCACACAGAUCAAAGAGAAACGAAAUAUCCUUGCUCAUGUCUCCUUAGUCAAGUUCUAUGCGCAAAGGAAUCUUAGGGGUGAAGGUGGGGCAAGGAAUGGAAGAGAUCAAAGCCGGCUGUUUGGAAAUCAACCCCCCCAGCAGUUUUGUCUAAGACUGUACCAGAAAACACCCACGCCGUGUUUUUCACUGGGGGUGGCUGAUUGGAGAUUGUGCUAGAACCCUAAGUGGAGUAGGCUGCAGGCAGGAAACAAAGCAUUGCUUAAGUCUGGGGGGUAGCAGCUCAGAUGGCCCUAGGGCCACAGCCGUGGAAAGCACAGAAGGUCAAGACAAAGCUGAAAGGCCCCAUGAAAUGAUCCCUGUCUAGCAGGGGAGUUCCACGUUUGGACCUUCAGGGCCUAGCUCUUUGUCCCAGCCACCUUCAUUUUGAGGUCGCAAAGGUGGGUGGUCACAAAGGCUCCUAACCCCAGAGCUGGGGAUCCCAAAGCCCCCCUCCCCCCAGUGUUUAACAAACCUCUCUGCCCGGAAGUUCUGCCUUAAUUCUGUCUUAGAUUUCCUUGGCUAGUAGGGAAAUCAAUACCCCCCAAUCCAGGAUUCAGCAAACUUUUACCGUAAAGGGCGGGUAAAUGAUUUCGGCUGUGUUCUCAUAAAACUACUGAUGGAGGCUCAGCUGUGAAUUUCGUAUCACGUUCACAUCUCGGUGUUUGAAAACCCAUUUCUAAACGUAAAAACCUCUCUUAACUUGCAGAUUACCCCAAAACGGGUGGCGGUUUGGAUUUGACCCAUGGGCCAUAGUUUCCAGAUUCCUGCUCUAGCCCACUGGGUUCAAACCUGGCUGCACGUUAGAAUAAUUUAGGGAACUUUCAAAGGUACUGAUGAUGGCCCAGGUAGAGGUGAUGGUUUCAUUGUUCUGGGUUGUGUCUGGGCAUCGUGUGUGUUCAAGGCCCCCCCCCAGACGACUCCAAUGUACAGCUGGGCAUGAACUCUGCCCUCGUGCUCCGACCAUGGGAAUGCCACUGGUGCCAAACUGCCUGUUCCACCUCUCACCACCGUGGCGGCCUUAGGCAAGUUACUUUUUUUAAAUUUCUUCAUCUGUAAAAUGGGAAUAAUGACUCUCCUGUCAUAGGGAUGUUGUGAGAAGUAAAGAUAAAAUCCUCAUAGCAUGUUUAGAACAAUGCCAGGCACAGAAUAAGCUCCCAGUGUUGGCUGAUUUGUUUUCUAGGAUAAUUUUAGUAGGUGGUCUGUUCUGUGACAAUGAUCCAUCAAAGUCACGGUUUAGGCUCCAUUCCCAGAAACCCUGGGGCCAGGAGAUGCUCCUUUAGAAAAGAGAGAGUGGAGUUCUGGGAUCAGAGAAGUUUGGAAAACUGUUCUGGGCUCAGCCCAAGGCAGCAGGUUCAGAUCCGGAGCGCGGAGGCAGAGCAGGAGGAGGGGUAAGUGGCCUUGGUCUGGGGUGGGAUUCAUGAGUUUCAAAAAAAUACUACCAGAGGGAGAGCUGAGCAGGAGACCAAGUGGAAACCAGUAGCUGCUCGCAGGCGGCCUGUGUCCUCCUGCAUUCCUUCUGCGGAGUCGCACACCAUUCCCCAGAGUUUUGCUUGGUUCCCACGGGACUCCUUUUUGGGAUUGGUCCGGCCAUGUCAAGAGCCGCUCCCAAGCCUGCUGGGAACGGGCUGAGGGGCACAGGACAUGAGAGCCGAGCUUCAUGGGAAAGUGACAGCUUUGCUUGCCCCUUGAGGGGUGACGGAACCACAAGUCAAAUCCCAAAGCCACGACCCCCUUCCACCGCUGAGAUGGAUCCUUGCUCGAAGCCAUAUUCACCCCACCCAAUCAAAUCUACUCUUGAGAGGGUGGGCGCCCAGCUCCCUGGGAUGGGGUCUGUCUUGCAGCAGGAGAGUCAGAACUGCAAGGAACAUGUUUAUAAGACAACAGAACAGCGGGGAAAGUGGGGGCUGGGAGGGACACUGAAGGAGCCAGGAAAGCAAACCAUGUAGGACUUUGUGGGCCUGGCACCAUCACCUCUGGGGGGACCUUUCCUCUCACGGGGGACAGGAGUGCAUGUGUGCCUGUGUGUGUGUGUGUGUGUGUGUGUGUGUGUGUGUGUGUGUGUCAGGGAGGGGGCAGCAGGAAUUGAUUUGAAAAACCAAGGAAUUUCAUUGCAGGGAGCGUGUUUUCUGAAUUCUAAGUCAGGACAGAUAGUCUGAUCCAGUUUCUUCUGGGUGCACAAGGCUUCCUAGUCCCUCUUCCCACAGAGUGUGCUCCUGGACCAGCAGCAGAGAGGGCGUCACUGGGGAAUUCAGCAGGAGUGCCAGGUCCCAGGCCCCGACCCCGAUCUGCUGAACCAGAAUGUGGGGUGCAGCCACCUGCAUUUUACCGAGUCCCCAGGCCGUUCUUGGGCACAAUCAAGUUUGAGAGACCCAGGUCUAGGAUUCCUAAGAGGAAACAGAAAAGUUGGAUCGUCAGGGACUUUACCUUCAGGUGUGAGUUGGCAAAUCUGAGAUCGAGUUUGCCUGGUUAAUAACCAGCAGUGACCGACUCCCAGGCUCUAGGACCUUGCCCCCUGGGCUGGAAGUGGUCUGUUUUCAGGGGAAAUCAGGUGGAGCCCCUGGACUGGCCUCACCGCAGUCAUUGGGUUUUCUGACUCUUGGGAACUUUUUCUAUAAAGUGUGGGGCAGCAGGGGGAGGGGGGUGCUAUGCCCUUGUAGUCCUGUGACGGCGUGUUGCAUGUGUUCUCUUGAGCUGUAAAUAAAGAGCUGAUGGUUAA